AAUUCAAAAAUAUUUUUAAAGGAGUGCAACCUUUUUCAGAAAAUUUAUUUUCACGCGAAAAACUACUUCAUGAAAUUCAACAUUUUUUUUAUGUAGCAAACAAGUCAACUUUAGUAUUAUAUGGAAUGUCGGGUGUUGGAAAGACACAAAUAGCAAGAAUGUUUUGCAAAAUUUAUUAUAACUUCUACAAAAACUUUGUUUGGAUUGACGCAGCAUUUGGAAAGUUACAAACCUCAAUGAGAAACCAAUGCCAAAUAUUAGGAUUCGAUGUUCAUGAUUCGAAAGGUGAUUAUUUAAAUAUGGAAGUGAUUGUUGAAAAACUUCACAAUUAUUAUAAAAAUGAAAAGACUUUGUAUAUUUUUGACAAUGUUGACGAUGAAAGUGUUAAAAACCUGACCAUAUACAUUUCAAAAAAACCGGAUUCAUUUACGUUGAUUACCUCACAAUGGAGAACGUGGUCGAAUAAUGUAAAUAAAAUGCUAGUCGAUGUUUUUACUUCAGAAGAAGCAUUCGCUUAUGUCAAAAAUAAUAUUAAAGAAAACCCCGAUGAAAACAUAAAAAACUUAAUAAAAGAACUUGGUUAUCAUCCGUUCGCUAUUACUCAGGCAAUAAAAUAUAUAAAUAUACAGAGAAUUUCGAUAGAAAAAUACGUAGAACGAUAUAGAUCAAAACCAUCAGAAAUAAUAGACAAUAACUUUCAAACCGAAGAAGAACCAAAGUCUGCAAUUAAAGCAAUUAACUUAGUUUUAAUGAAAUUAGAAAUAAGUAAACCUUUUCCAUUUAAACUAUUAAACUGUUUAUCUCAUUGCGACGGUAAAAACAUAAGUAAAGAGUUUAUAAUCCAAAUUUCAAAACAAAUGGAAAUAAACGAAGAAUAUGUAAUAGAUGAAGCCGUUGGGUUACUAAUGAGUUAUUCUUUACUAAACUGUUUUGAUGAUGAAAAAUAUUCAAUGCACGAACUGACACAGCUGACGUGUAGAUGUUUUCAAAAUAGAAAUUCAACUACAAAUACGUAUAUUAGUUUAAUCAAGAAUUAUUUUAAAUUUGAACUGAAUGAAGUAAACGAUCACAUGGAUUACGGAAACCAUAUUCUUUUCCAUUUUAUCUAUAUGUUUCGCAUUAACAUAAAAAAAUUUUCAAAAACCUUCCAUAAUAUGACGACAUCUAUUAACAAAUUAUUAGUAUGUAAAGGUUUGUUUGAAGAAGCAAUCGAAAUAUUAAAAAGUAUUCAAAGUUUUAAUACAGAAACUUAUGGUGAAAAUAAUAAAUUCACGCUUGAUACAAAACAUAAUAUUGCAAGCUGCUUAGACAAUAUGGGAAAACAUAACGAAGCUUUAGAAAUUUAUUAUUCUGUUGAUAAAAUACAAACUGAAAUUUUAGGUAUCAACCAUCCAGAUACAAUGACAACAAAAAAUAAUAUCGCAUGCUGUUUGUACGCUAUGGGAAAAUAUAACGAAGCUUUAGAAAUUCAUUAUUCUGUUGAUAAAAUAAUAACUGAAAUUUUAGGUAUCAACCAUCCAAAUACAAUGAGAACAAAAAAUAAUAUCGCAAGCUAUCCAAUUCAUGAUUACGCACAAAAGAUACGUAAAGAAGCAGAAGUUGUUUUAUUGUGGUUUGCAUUCACUGGCUGUAAUACCCUAUCUUCAUUUGCAGAACGAGGGAAAAAACUUGCAUGGAGUCUCUGGAACAAUAGAGAUAUAGAAAUAAUUAGAGCAUUUACGAGAGUAAUUUCACUUGAUGCAGAGUAA